AUGGCUUCAGUUUGGAAGAGACUACAGCGUGUGGGAAAACAUGCAUCCAAGUUCCAGUUUGUGGCCUCCUACCAGGAACUGAUGGUUGAAUGUACCAAAAAAUGGCAACCAGAUAAACUGGUGGUAGUUUGGACAAGAAGAAGCCGAAGGAAGUCUUCCAAGGCUCAUAGCUGGCAGCCUGGAAUAAAAAAUCCAUACCGUGGUGUUGUCGUAUGGCCUGUUCCUGAAAACAUUGAAAUCACUGUGACACUUUUUAAGGAUCCUCAUGCAGAGGAAUUUGAAGAUAAAGAGUGGACAUUUGUCAUAGAAAAUGAAUCCCCUUCUGGUCGAAGAAAAGCUCUUGCCACCACCAGCAUCAACAUGAAACAGUAUGCAAGCCCAAUGCCAACGCAGACUGAUGUCAAAUUAAAAUUCAAGCCAUUGUCUAAAAAAGUUGUAUCUGCCACUCUUCAGUUUUCAUUAUCUUGCAUUUUCCUUCGGGAAGGAAAAGCCACGGAUGAAGACAUGCAAAGUUUGGCUAGUUUGAUGAGUAUGAAGCAAGCUGACAUUGGCAAUCUAGAUGACUUUGAGGAAGAUAAUGAAGAUGAUGAUGAGAACCGAGUGAACCAAGAGGAAAAGGCAGCAAAAAUUACUGAAAUUGUAAACCAAUUGAAUGCUCUGAGCAGCUUAGAUGAAGAUCAAGAUGACUGCAUAAAGCAAGCAAAUAUGCCUUCAGCUAAAUCAGCCAGUUCCUCUGAAGAGCUUAUCAACAAACUUAACUUUUUGGAUGAAGCAGAAAAGGACUUGGCCACUGUGAAUUUAAAUCCAUUUGGUGAUCCUGAUGUAGCAGAAUUAAACCCGUUUGGAGAUCCUGAUUCAGAAGAACAAAUCACUGAAACAAUUUCACCUAAAAAACCAGAAGAAUCCUUUUAUAGUAACAGCUAUAAUCCCUUUAAAGAGGUACAGACUCCACAGUAUUUGAACCCAUUUGAUGAGCCAGAAACCUUUGUAACUAUAAAGGAUUCUCCACCCCAGUCUACAAAAAGAAAAAAUAUAAGACCAGUGGACAUGAGCAAGUAUCUCUAUGCUGACAGCUCUAAAGCUGAAGAAGAAGAGUUGGAUGAAUCAAAUCCUUUUUAUGAACCUAAACCAACUCCUCCUCCAAACAAUUUGCUAAGUCCAGUUCAAGAACUGGAAACUGAAAGGCGAGUAAAAAGAAAAGCUCCAGCCCCACCAGCCAUCUCACCAAAGACAGGAGGAGUAAAUGAAAACACAGGUGUUUCUGCAGGAAGAGAUCUCUCCACUUCUCCUAAGCCGAGUCCUAUACCGAGUCCUGUUUUGGGACGAAAGCCGAAUGCUAGUCAGUCGUUACUUGUAUGGUGCAAAGAAGUUACAAAAAACUAUCGGGGAGUGAAAAUCACCAAUUUUACUACAUCGUGGAGGAAUGGUUUAUCUUUUUGUGCAAUAUUACAUCACUUUAGACCAGAUUUAAUUGACUACAAGUCUCUGAAUCCUCAAGACAUUAAAGAGAACAACAAAAAGGCAUAUGAUGGGUUUGCCAGCAUUGGAAUUUCGCGACUACUGGAACCUUCUGAUAUGGUUUUAUUAGCAAUUCCUGACAAACUGACUGUUAUGACCUAUCUCUAUCAAAUAAGGGCACAUUUCAGUGGCCAAGAGCUAAAUGUUGUUCAAAUAGAAGAAAACAGCAGUAAAAGCACGUAUAAAGUUGGAAACUAUGAAACGGACACAAAUAGUUCUGUUGACCAGGAAAAAUUCUAUGCAGAGCUUAGUGACCUGAAACGGGAGCCUCCACUCCAGCAGCCUCCCAGUGGAGUGGUUGACUUCACAUCCCAGGACGAGUCUGUAUUUGUAAAUGAUAGUGGGGUUGGAGAGUCAGAAAGUGAACAUCAAACUCCUGAUGAUCACCUCAGUCCAAACACAGCUUCUCCACACUGUCGCAGGACUAAAAGUGACACAGAACCCCAGAAGUCCCAGCAGAGCUCGGGAAGGACUUCAGGAUCCGAUGACCCUGGAAUUUGUUACAAUACAGAUUCAAACCACGCACAAGUUUCGUUGGGCAAGAAGAGACUAUUGAAAACAGAGACUUUAGAAUUAAGUGACUUAUACGUCAGUGAUAAGAAGAAAGAUGUGUCUCCACCCUUUACUUGCGAAGAGUCAGAUGAGCAAAAGCUUCAGAAUCUAGAAAUCAGUGGUACUUUGGAGCAAGAAAAAUUAGAUAAUUCCAGACCCUUAGAAUGCAGAUCAGAUCCUGAAUCACCUGUCAAAAAACCAAGUUUAUCUCCCACUUCUAAACUUGGAUACCUGUACAAUAGAGAUGCAGACCUUGCAAAGAAAAAACGUACUUCCCUGAGGCAGACAGAGUCUGAUUCAGAUGCUGAUAGACCCACCUUAAAUCAUGCAGAUCAUUCUGCAAAAACAGUUCAGCAUCGAAUGUUAUCCAGGCAAGAAGAACUCAAAGAAAGAGCAAGAGUUCUGCUUGAGCAAGCAAGAAGAGAUGCAGCUUUAAAGGCAGGGAAUAAGCAGCAUACCAACGCAGCCACACCACUCUGCAACAGGCAGCUAAGUGAUCAGCAAGAUGAAGAGCGACGUCGGCAGCUGAGAGAGAGAGCUCGUCAGCUAAUAGCAGAAGCUCGAUCUGGAGUGAAGAUGUCAGAACUUCCCAGCUAUGGUGAAAUGGCUGCAGAAAAGUUGAAAGAAAGGUCAAAGGCAUCUGGAGAUGAAAAUGAUAAUGUUGAGAUAAAUACUAACGAGGAGAUUCCUGAAGGCUUUGUUUUAGGAGGUGGAGAUGAACUUACUAACUUAGAAAGUGACCUUGAUACUCCCGAACAAGACACUAAGUUGGCAGACUUGAAGCUGAAGAAGCUCCUGGACACUCAGCCACAGGUGGCAAAUUCACUUUCCAUCACUGCUCAGAAAGCUGUUAAUGAAAGUUCAGAGCAAGACAUUAAGAAUGGCACAGAGGAUCUCAGGACUGAGCGGUUACAAAAAGCAACAGAACGGUUUAGAAAUCCUGUUGUGUUUAGCAAGGAUGCUACAGUCAGAAAGACUCAACUUCAGUCUUUCAGUCAAUAUGUUGACAAUAGACCAGAGAUGAAAAGGCAGAGAUCAAUACAGGAAGAUACAAAGAAAGGAAAUGAGGAGAAGGCAGCGAUAACUGAAACUCAGAGGAAGCCAUCAGAAGAUGAAGUGCUUAAUAAAGGGUUCAAAGACACCAGUCAGUAUGUUGUAGGAGAAUUGGCAGCACUAGAGAAUGAGCAAAAGCAAAUCGACACCCGUGCCGCGCUGGUGGAGAAGCGCCUUCGCUAUCUCAUGGACACAGGAAGGAACACAGAAGAAGAAGAAGCUAUGAUGCAGGAGUGGUUUAUGUUAGUUAAUAAGAAAAAUGCCUUAAUAAGAAGAAUGAACCAGCUGUCUCUCUUGGAGAAAGAACACGAUUUAGAACGAAGGUAUGAGCUGCUGAAUCGGGAAUUGCGGGCAAUGCUAGCCAUUGAAGACUGGCAGAAGACCGAGGCCCAGAAGCGACGCGAGCAACUCCUGCUGGAUGAACUGGUGGCCCUAGUGGACAAGCGCGACGCGCUCGUCAGGGACUUGGACGCGCAGGAGAAGCAGGCUGAAGAAGAAGAUGAACAUUUGGAGCGAACUCUGGAGCAAAACAAAGGCAAGAUGGCCAAGAAAGAAGAGAAAUGUGUCCUUCAGUAG